CACAGUGACAUCUUCGACGCCAUGUUCCCUGUCACGCACAUCGCAGGAGAGACGGUCAUUCAGCAAGGCGACGAAGGGGACAACUUCUACGUGAUCGACCAAGGGGAAGUGGACGUGUACGUGAACGGGGAGUGGGUGACCAGUAUCGGGGAGGGGGGCAGCUUCGGAGAGCUGGCCCUGAUCUACGGGACGCCCCGGGCGGCCACCGUCCGGGCCAAGACCGACCUCAAACUGUGGGGCAUCGACAGAGACAGCUACCGGAGAAUACUCAUGGUGAGGACA